CCUCCAAGAUCAGUUUGGCAAGACUCCUUUGCUGUGGAACGAGCCCCAUGCCAUCCAGAGGGGUCGACACCUCUGGCAGGCUCCUCGCUAGCAGCCUGUGAGAAUAGGGGAGGCCUUUAACUUAGGAGCUGUGUGGGGCAUGUUUUAUUUUGGGCAGGAAUCAGUCUCCCCCUCCCUCUCUAGGAAGGAAAGUCCAGGCAAGGAUGCACCGACAGGUUUUUAAACACCCGGAGCUGGAAGCAACAAGCUGCAGCCCUUAACCAUUCAGCAGCAGGCACCAGGGGGUUAAAAUGCUGAUAACCAUAACACCACCCCAUGAGCCGGCCUCUCUUCACCCACAGGCUCCACCUCCUCCUAUCUCACCAAAGCCGGGAAAGGACAAUGUUAAACUGCAGCGACUCUUGAAAAAAGCUGCAAAAAAGAAAGCCACAUUAUCAGCACAGCAAGCUGCAUCAUUCCGGUCCAAUCUCUCCCCCGUGAGUGAAGCCAGCCCAGAUUUAGAGCACAACGAACGCUCCUCCCCACUAAAGCCUACCGAAACUACAGUAGGACACCUCACCAUCCAUCUCCCGCCCCGCUUUUCCAUCAGGCCUGUUUUCCACCAUGUUCCGUCUCCCUUCCCUAAAGGAAAGCCCUUUACAUUCACAGUGUCAGAACAGAGGAGCCUUUCAGGGCACCUCAAACUCACCGUCUCUCCCGCAGAAUUGCCACUUUACAGACAGAGCAGUCCUGAACCCUCCUGGCAGCCGGAAGGGCACCCAUCACCAGACACUCGCACACAAUUGCCCCCUGUAUUUCUUGUGUCUGCAACGCCUGUUUCUCCCACACCUGUAGUGGAGACCCCAGUGGCCGUUACUCAUGUUGCUGAGACACAUGCCUAUAUCCACAGUGUACAAACGCCAAGGGCUAGAACACCCCUGUUAGAGCAGUCAGCCAAAUAUGCCAGUAGUGAAGACAAGCCUGUGCUUGCCCAUGUGCAGACAGACCACACCCAUCUACCACCAGGCCAGAUGUCAGCCACAUGCUUCGGAAGCCAGGCCAGGCCAAUUACUCCUAAGUUAGAAGCCACUUCAGCCCCUCAGCCUCCUACCAUGAUGACCACUGUAGUACUCCAGGUUCCCGGACAGCAUGUGUUGGUUCCAUCUCCAACUCCACAGUUCAGUAGACCUUUGACUCCAGGAAGCAACAGAGGCCCCGAACCACACAAUGAAGCCCAGAGGCAGCCAAGUCCCAGUGCAUCUCAAAGGCACAUUACACCAGAGGUAGCCAUGCCUGCUCCAUCAGAUGUUAGCACCCACAGCCUCUUGCUGGAAGCCAGAGAUGACAAGCAGACUGCACAGCCACCUGCUGCUUCCCAGAGUACUGCAAGCUCCUUACCAAAACAAAAGCCACCAGUGCCUCCCAAAAGCAAGCUUAGUGGCUGGUCUCGUCUCAAGAAACACUUAAUAGUUGAAUCUGAAGAGCCCCAAUUCCCAGUCCCAGAGUCUGAGCCAGCCAAGCCCCAGUUGGAGGGAGAAAAGCAGACUGAAUAUUCUCAAGGGGACAGUGGUCGGGACAAGAGGAUAAUCAAGUCAAGAGCCAUCAAGAUGUGGGAUGCCAUCUUGUACCAGAUGACAACCAGCAGGGAAAGAAAGCAGCAAGCCGAGGACAAGGAAACAAGAAGAGAGGGAACGUUCUCAUUCCGACGCCGUUUACCCCUUCUCCUUCAUAAGCCUCGCUUUGAUGCACGGAAACUUAAAGAACUGGCUUCCAAACCCAUGACAAAGAUCACCACUCUGUUUGAGGUACGGCGAAUCCAACGCAAGCCACCAGAAGAAGCACUGGCAAGUUUUAAUAGGACUGCAUCUGGGUGGCAGCUGACAGGAAGCAGUGAACCCACCUUCCCUUAAAGUGUCUUUUAGAGGAUGCAGUGCUGAGCUGGGAGAAUUUCAGAUAACAUACAAGAUUAACUGCGGCAGAAUCAGUUGCAAGAACAAAAUAAAAACCUUCACAGUGUU